CCCGUCCAUUCAACCAACAAUACCACAGCAAUCAAGCAAGCAAGCAACAAUGGCCGCCUCGUCGUCGGCGCUCAUCCUCCUCCUGGCCGUGGGGCUCGUCGCCGGUGCCAGCGCCACCAGCUUCUCCAUCACCAACCGCUGCUCCUUCACGGUGUGGCCGGCGGCCACCCCCGUGGGCGGUGGCCGGCAGCUCAACAGAGGCGAAACGUGGAACCUCGAUAUCCCCGGCGGCACCAGCUCCGGCAGGAUCUGGGGCCGCACGGGCUGCAGCUUCAACGGCAACAGCGGGAGAUGCAGCACCGGCGACUGCGGCGGCGCGCUGUCCUGCACCCUGUCCGGCCAGUCCCCGUUGACGCUGGCGGAGUUCACCCUCGGCUCGCAGGACUUCUACGACAUCUCGGUGAUCGACGGGUACAACCUCCCCAUGGACUUCUCCUGCAGCACCGGCGUCAACAUCCAGUGCCGCGACCCCAGCUGCCCCGACGCCUACCACCAGCCCAACGACGUCAGGACCAAAGCUUGCAGCGGCAACAGGAGGUUCAAUGUCGUCUUCUGCCCAUGAUGAGCUACUCUAUCAUAUGCAUGCGUGCCAUGCCACGGACGACCAUAAUACUAUCUGAAGUGUAAUACUAUGUCCGCGCGAAAGCUAAACUAUUUGUACUUCCAUUUUCCAUGUAAUAAUGGCCGUGCGAAUAUGUACGAGUGCCCGAUAAAGUCAAUAAAUACAGGUAAGGAAUAUCUCA